CCGGAAGUGCUCUCCGUGCCCGAGUACAACGUAAUUCAAAUGUCGUCCCAUUAAUGCCACAAAACCCUCAGAAUUUUCUCAAACAAUUCCUAAUUUCUUCUUGAUCCCCUCGAAAAGUCCAAUUGCUCUCAAAAAAAUUGAUCACCAAAGAAUCUAGGUAAAAUUGACGGGGAAAAUAUUUGAAAAAAAAAAUUGAAUUAUCGAUGCUGGCGUGGUGCGAUGGUGGGGGCAGACGUGGGGAAUUUCCGGUGAGGACUGAGAUCUGUUCAGUGGUGCUAUUGAAAAACACGAUGAAAAUGGCGUGGCAACCGCAGGAGGAAGGACUCAGACAAAUUCUAACACUUCUCCAGGAAUCACAAAGUCCGGACACAGCAACUCAGAGAGCUGUACAACAAAAAUUGGAGGAGUUGAACAAAUUCCCGGAUUUUAAUAAUUAUCUCAUCUUUGUGCUGACGAAACUCACGUCUGAAGAUGUGCCAACAAGAUCCUUAAGCGGUCUGAUCCUGAAGAACAACGUUCGAGCGCACUAUCAGAAGUUCGUUCCAGAAGUAACAACAUUUAUAAAGCAAGAAUGCCUCCUAGCAGUGGGCGAUCCGUCCCCAAUGAUUCGAGCAACGGUGGGCAUUCUCAUAACAACAAUCGCCUCAAAAGGCGAGCUGACAACAUGGCCAGAGCUCCUCCCAGCUCUCUGCCAGAUGCUGGACUCACAAGACUACAAUGUCUGCGAGGGAGCAUUUGGAGCACUCCAAAAAAUCUGCGAGGACUCAGCCGAACUCCUGGACUCAGACGCCCUAAAUCGUCCCCUGAACGUCCUGAUCCCAAAAUUCCUCCAGUUCUUCAGACACACAAGUCCAAAAAUUCGUUCGCACGCAAUAGCAUGUGUCAAUCAAUUCAUAAUCAGUCGAACCCAAGCCCUGAUGAUUCACAUCGACGGUUUCCUCGAGAAUCUCUUCCAUUUAGCCAACGACGACGACUCAGAGGUCCGUAAAAACGUCUGCCGAGCACUGGUGAUGCUCCUGGAGGUACGAAUUGACAGACUGAUACCGCACAUGCAAAAUAUCAUCGAGUACAUGCUCCUGAGGACUCAAGAUUGUGAUGCAGGAGUUGCACUGGAGGCAUGUGAAUUUUGGCUGUCUCUUGCUGAGCAGGAGAUUUGCAAUGAGGCACUUGCUCCCCACCUUCCACGACUCAUUCCUAUCCUCGUUAGUGGUAUGAAGUACUCAGAGAUUGAUAUUAUUCUUCUGAAGGGUGAUGUGGAGGAGGACGAAAUGAUUCCUGACAGGGAGGAGGACAUUAGACCAAGAUUUCACAAAUCCAAGACACAUCAUGCACUUCAUCCAUCGACCAAGCAUUCUGAGGAGAAUGGAGGCUGCGAUGACGAUGCUGACGCUGAAGAUGGCGGUGAUGAUGACUCUUCCUUGAGUGAUUGGAACUUGAGAAAAUGCUCAGCCGCUGCACUCGAUGUAUUGGCUGGUGUCUUCAGGGAGGAUUUGCUUCCAGUGUUGGUACCAAUACUCAAGGAGACGUUAUUCCAUCAGGAUUGGGAGGUCAAGGAGUCUGGAAUAUUGGCACUAGGUGCCAUUGCCGAGGGCUGCAUGGAUGGAAUGAUUCCACAUCUGUCUGAACUCAUUCCUUAUCUCAUUGGAUGUCUCAGUGACAAGAAAGCACUUGUCAGGGCGAUAACUUGUUGGACCCUCAGCAGAUAUUCCCACUGGGUCUGUGCCCAGCCACACGACACAUACCUCAAACCACUGAUGACUGAACUCUUAAAACGAGUUCUCGAUGGCAAUAAGAGGGUCCAGGAAGCUGCUUGCUCUGCAUUUGCCACUCUGGAGGAAGAAGCAUGCACUGAACUCGUUCCCUAUCUUGGCUUCAUCCUGGAGACACUGGUCUUUGCUUUUGGAAAGUAUCAGCACAAAAAUCUCCUGAUUCUUUACGAUGCCAUUGGUACACUCGCUGAAUCUGUGGGUCAUCAUCUCAAUAAACCUGAUUAUAUAAACAUCUUGAUGCCACCGUUGAUCAAUAAGUGGAAUGUCUUGAAGGAUGAGGACAAGGAUCUCUUUCCUCUCCUCGAGUGUUUGUCCUCAGUUGCCACUGCACUUCAAUCUGGAUUUCUACCCUAUUGCGAGCCUGUCUACAGGAGAUGUGUGUCACUGGUUGAACAAACACUCAAUCAACACAUCGCCAAUACCCAGAGUCCAGAUCAAUUUGAGGCACCUGAUAAGGAUUUUAUGAUUGUGGCACUCGAUCUUUUGAGUGGACUUGCUGAGGGACUCGAUGGACAUAUCGAGAGAUUGGUUGUGAAUAGUAAUGUCAUGCAGUUGUUGUAUCAGUGCAUGCAGGAUCCAACACCUGAGGUCAGACAGAGCAGCUUUGCUUUGCUGGGGGAUCUCACCAAGGCUUGUUUCCAACACGUUGUUACAUGUAUACCUGAGUUUAUGCCGAUAUUGGGACAGAAUCUUAAUCCAUCCUUCAUUUCUGUGUGCAACAACGCCUCCUGGGCUAUUGGUGAAAUUUCUAUUAAAUUAGGGCAAAACACGAGCUCGUAUAUUCCUCUGAUAAUAACUCAGCUAAUCGACAUAAUAAAUCGUCCCAACACACCAAAAACCCUCCUGGAGAACACCGCGAUUACGAUCGGUCGCCUAGGUUAUGUGUGUCCCCAAGACGUCGCCCCCAUGUUACAGCAGUUUGUCCGACAGUGGUGCAUAUCGCUGAGAAAUAUUCGUGACAAUGAGGAGAAAGAUUCGGCAUUCAGGGGCAUGUGUCAGAUGAUCAAUGUCAAUCCAGCUGGUGUGGUGCCUGAUUUUGUCUUCUUCUGUGAUGCGGUUGCUUCUUGGGUAACUCCACGUGACGAUUUGAAAGACAUGUUUCAGAAGAUUCUCCAUGGUUUUAAGAACCAAGUGGGAGCUGACAAUUGGAAACGAUUCUCCGAUCAAUUUCCACCACCACUGGGCGAACGACUUCACAAUAUGUACGGAGUCUGAAGGACCCCGCCUGAUUAUAACGGCCACUUAAUGGGGAAGGCCGAUCGGGGAUGGGCGGGGAAUAUAGAAAAUGGGUGGACAGGGUGGGUGGGUGAAACCACGGCCUCAUCUCAUCAAAAUAAUCGACGUAACGAGUUCGUCGUUGAGUGUCAAAAUACGUCAUGGCCACCGGUGAAUCCAGUGUCCAGCCCAAAGGGGAAAGGGGGGAGGGGAUUGGGGGCAAAUUCGUGGAAUGCCAGCUACAGAUGUGGCUAAAGUUGGAAUCAGGGUGAGAUAAAACAUUGAGAAUGAUUUAAAAAAGGGGGUGAGACUUCAAUUUGUAAUAAAGUGAUUUAUUGGAUCGAGUCAAACAUCAACUAAUUAACAACAAUUAAGGCCGAGAUAAUGGG